AUGUACGCCGUCUCCCAGAACCAGCGAGGAUUCUCUGAUACCUACGCUGCUCUGUGUGACUUCAACCGGAUGCCAGUUAGAGAGGAGAUUCAGUGGGAUGUUGACAACAUCUACUGCAUCAACAACCGGAGAGAGUUCAAUCUGCAGGACUUCAGCCACAUAGACAACAGGGACUUGGCCUUAGCAGUAUCAGCCCUGUCCUUCAACCAGUGGUUUACCAAGAUCUCCUGCAGAGACCUCAAACCUGUCGACAUCCAGCAGGUGUUGAUUUCCCUGCUGUCCAGAUCUCUAAGCCUGCAGGAACUCUCACUGGAGGCCAGUGGACUCAAACUGGACUUUGCGGUCAAAAUGGCAGCUGCACUGCGGGAGCAUGACUCCUCUGCCCUGCAAUCCAUCAACCUCUCCGGCAAUCCCAUCGAAGACAAAGGUGUCAUAGCUCUCAGUCGGGAGUUGGAGAAACUAGCUGAAGGACUCAAGCACCUUUCUCUAUCCCGGGUAUCAAUGACUGCCAAAGGUCUUGGCUCUCUGAGUCAGGUGUUAUCCUCCACUCAGCUGUUCUCAGCAUCUCUGACCCACCUCGACCUGUCCGGUAACCCCGGCAGCCUGGUUACUGAAGAUGCAACGUUUCUCUUCAGGUUCUUGUCCAGUCCUAACUCUCUAUCUCAUCUGGACCUCAGUGAUACCAGCUGCCCUCUGGACACGUUAUUUGUGUCCCUGUCUGCCGGAUGUUGUAAACUGAUGCGACUGAGCGUGGCCAGAAAUCCUUUCAGCCACAGAAAGGUGCAGAAGGUAACCAGGAGCAUUCGGGAGUUCUUCAGCCAGAGCAGUGAGCUCAAAUAUGUGGGCCUAUCUGCAACCAAACUACCUCCCCAAGCCCUCAGGUUAUUACUACAGGGUCUGGCAACCAACACUCGUCUGUUUGGGCUGGAGUUGGACCUCAGUAGCUGUGAGCUGCGUUCCGCAGGGGCCCAGGUGAUACAGGAGCACAUAUCUGAAGCCACAUCUAUCAGAAGUCUGGAUCUCUCUGACAAUGGCUUUGAGAAUGACAUGGUAACCCUGGUCCUGUCUGUGGGUCGAUGUCACGCUCUUCGACAUCUCGCGCUGGGAAGAAACUUUCCAAUGAAGUCCAGAGCGCUGACUGAUGUUCUUCAUCGCAUCGCUCAGCUCAUUCAGGAUGAAGAAUGUCCCCUGCAGUCUCUAUCGAUGAGUGACUCCAAGCUGAAGAGUGCCAUGCACGGCCUGCUUAGCGCCCUGGGUGGCCACGCCGCUCUGACUGAAGUGGACAUCAGUGGAAACAACAUCGGAGACACUGGAGCCAAAAUUUUGGCCAAAGCCCUGAUCACUAACACCAGACUGAGGACAUUGACAUGGGACAGGAACAAUGUAACUGCCAAGGGUUUCCAGGAUGUGGCUGAUGCCUUGGAGAGGAACUUCACUCUGCUGCAGGUGUCUGGCCUGGCUGAUAUUACACAGAGUUACCGCAGCAACCCUGACCGAACCAAGGAGGCCCUGCACAAGAUUCAGCAGUGUUUAGACAGAAACAACCGGAGCCAGUCUGAAACGGUGGAUCUUCAGACAGGGUUUGGACCUUGCCAGUCUGAGAAGAAGGUCCAAGAUCUGUGUCAGCAGCUGAAGAACAGCCUCCAACAUCUAAACCACUGCAAUAUUCAGGAGGUCCAGGAUGACAUCAUGACAGCACAUGAGAUGCUGUACAUAGCUAAGGAAUCCGUCAAGCUGCUUCCCUCACUACUUGAGGCAGGGAGGAAGUGUGCCUCUGAUGGUGACUUGGUGAACUGCAUCCUCACUGACACUACUAAUGUCCUGAGGAACGAGUUCAACAGAAGUAUACAGGAGUUGGCUCAAGACCUGAUGAGGGGUGCAGAGGCAACGUGUCCACAGGUGGUCCAGCGAUCUAGGGUCUUAGAAUGUCUGUCAGAGUGUGUGUCCAAGAGAAGCAGACAGACAGACACAUUCCUGAGAAGAACCGUGGUGGAAAAUAUGGGGCUGAUCAUCAGCAACAGACUGCGUGAACUGAGACAAACAUUGAGUCUCUCUCUGGCUGAAAGUCUCAUUGAACAGGUUCUACACAAUCUGACAACGUCGCAGCACAAAAUGGAUAGCCUUAUAAAAGAAAAUGUGUGCACUGCUCUGAACAUCAACAUCCCAGAGCUUCAACUGGUCGACAGUGACUUCCCUACUGAUGAUUACAGUCCUGCAUUUUGGAGAAAUAGUUUCCACUCCAGGAGCCUGAGGCCUGCCCCUUCAAUUGAGAGCUUCCUGGAUGCAGACUGGGAGCAGCAGACCAGGGACGGAGGAACAGCGAGACAGAGUGCAGGAGGCGCUGGAGAGGAAGAAGGAAGAAGGUCUAGCCUCUCACUGUUGCCGAUAGCAACCCCGCUGUCAGUCAGGUUUUUGAGCCCCUCCCCCUCCCUCUCCCCGACCCCCUCCCCCUUGGGUCUGAUGGGGAGGAGGCGGAGGGAGGGGGAGGUGGCGGUAGCGGAUGGUGCAGCAGCAAUAUCAGGAGCAUCGUUCAUUCCUCCUCCCGUUCUCCCCCUCCUGCACUCCGUCUCCACUCGAGCUGCAGGCGAGGAGGCUGCCGGCCGGGGCGGCUCACCCAGACGACAGGCUCCCUUCCCAGGCUGCGGCCGUAGCCCAGUCCCCCUCCCCGGCUCUGGAUCCCCCACUUUUCCCAUGGAUCCUCUACCCACCCAGGGACAGAUUCUAAGGCAUUACACCGCCUCCCGUCCAAGGCCACGACGCACACACACACAGCCCCCCUCCUCCAGGCCUCAGAACUGCCUGGACACACACUGGAGUACCUCUCAGUCGCUAGGCUUCCAAGCUGAAUAUAAGGAGCCGAGUACAAAGGUGGAAAAUGAGGCCAGUGAAGCGAUGGGCCGAGUGGAUGAAGGAGUAGAGGAGUUCUUCACAAAGAAAAUCAUUCCUGACCAUGCACUAAAAGGCCGGUGGGAGGAGUCAAUCCCUGCCCCAGCCACUCCCUCAGAAUCAAGCUCCACCCCCUCAGCAUCAACCCCCCUUUCCUCUUCGUCUGACAAUAUCACCCCCUCCACCACCACCACCUCCACUGUCCUCUCUCCCUCCUUUCCACAUAUUGACAUAUCCCUCACAUCCACUGAUGUUUCACUCCUCUCUACAUCCUCCACUUCCCCCACCCUCUCUUCUGUCCCGAACACCAACACCACACUUCCCAACAAAAACAUCAAGAAAAAGUUUGGCGACUUCUUUGCCUUCAAGAGGUCUCGGGCCGGCCGAGCCAGCAAGGCAGGAGGGGGAGAGGGAGGAGGAGGAGGAGAGGGGGUGAAGGUCAAAAGGACCUCCAUUGCAGACCUCAUUCGACCCCUUCGCGAGGCUAAAGAAAGGGAGAGGGAGAGAGAAAAGGGGAGAGGGGCAAGGUCAGUGGAGGAUGCUAACGUUUCUAAUGAUGCCGCCACCACAGAAGGAAUCUACGCCACCGGCCAACAUCUUGCAGGCGAUGCCAGGGGAAUGAUGCCGCCUGCCACGACAUUAACCACGCCGACGGCUUCCAGUGAGACUACUUCCUCUUCCUUCCCCACCGACACCAUGAGCCCCGACGCCACCGCCACAACACUUUCCAACCUGCAAGAAGAGGCAGGUCACACCCAUAGUCCCCUGGUCACCUCCCCUCUAACGGAGCAGGAGAGGACCGAUGUGCAGAUGAAGGAGAUGAAGUUGGCAGGGACUGCGUAUGGAGAGAGGAGAUUGAAGGUAACCAAGAGGUCACUGAGAGAGGGCAAGAGCCAGAGUCUCAUACUGCUGACGGGAUUAGAGCCUGAGGACAAGGAUGGCAGACAUAAGAAAUAUGCGUCUGAGAGCACAUCUAGUUUUGAACAGAGACUUCAGGUGAUGCUACAUAGGAUGGGCGUGGCCAAAACUCCACCAGCCGAAACCAAGGCAAGCCAGAAUAAAGAGGAGGAACUGAGAAAGGCCAACUCUGAAGGUGCUAUCCUGGAAAAACCUGUCCCUCCUCCCACGUACAUGAAGCCAAGAACCAUGUCCACUUCAUCAGCAGAACCCAGGCAUCCUAUGAGAGCGCUGGACACUACCCGCCCCGACUCUCCCCUUCCUCUGAAGCCCGUUCUCUCUGAGCGCCCCACCGGGGCCCUGCCGCCCAAACCUGCUGUGAAGGCCAAGCCUCCGCUUCCCGGCCCGGCUUCUCCUGCCGGGUCCUCCUCUCGUGCCAGGAGCUCGGCGGGGAGAGUCCAGCUCAGAGCGCACCUUCAUGACGGCGGGCCAACGGAGGCCACAGCACAGAAUGGGAGUCAGGAGCGUCCCCAGGGUGCCGACUUGGCUCCCUCCUCCAGGACAGAGCUGCUUCAUCAAUCCCCGUCUCCAUGGAGAUGUCCCGGCGCACAGGAUCGUUCUGAGAAAGCACAGUCGGUGACCGACGAGAGUCUACCUAAGACACGGCAACACAUGAAGCCCCCCCCACAACGCAGAGCUGUGUCCGUCCAUGAGGACGCUCUGGCUAUGACACAAGAGCUGAAGGCAGUGUUACAAAGAUCCCCCAUCCGUUUCCGUGGAAACAGAGGAGACCUGCUCACCUGCACAGAAGAUUCAUCUAGAAGGCAGGAAGCCAAAGGAGCUCAAGAUGCUGGUGACAUGGGGAAACAGACAACUGAAGACAGGAAGGAAGAUCUGAAGGCAGAGCCAGGAAGGACGAGUUGUGAGGAGGAGACCCUGGGCUCAGGGUAUCCCUCCUCUGCAGCUCGUGCUCUACAAGAAACUUCAACAGCUGGACUUGCGAGUCCAACAGCAGCUCGGUCCAUCCUUGAGAGGCCUCCAGCAGUAACCGAGAACCUGGAGAAGAAGAUUGCUUCUCCCGCCACGUGGGAGAAAAAGAGCCCAGGCGCCCUGCCAUUGCUUCAAACUUUCGAAAGACUGACGUUGUCCCCCCCACCGGGAGAAAAGAGCCCGAGCACAAUGCAAUCCCGAUCGCCGGAAAACCCCAGAGUGAGCCCUCUGUCCCACAAGAAGCAGAGCCCUGGCACGUCACCGGCCACGGCUGAUGUGGAGGGAGGACACGCAGUCUCUAAACAGCACACAAUGAAGGCCAAGUCAGCAGACCAAAGAACUGAGCCCCCUCCAUCUGAAUAAUAUAUACACAGAUUGACACCAGGAGACCUGGGAGCGAGGGGAGCCAAAGGUCUGUGACGUCAGUGAAAUUAGGAAGUUGGAAAGUGUACUAGAUCCCAUGCCAGAGGUGUUGCACCAACGUUGUUUCCAAUAAUGUGGCAUUUGAGACGGCACACAGCUAGCUUCAGCUCACAGAUGGCAAAGCCUUUUCUGUAUGCUCUCCACUAAAGCAACGGCUUGUCUAACAAAAUGUUUGUAGGAGAAGUUCAUCAUUAUGUCAAAGACAGAUUGACAUCACCUGCUUCUACAUGUUGUCAUUAUGAGGUGAUUCUUUCACUUUUCACUUUGCUUUCUUGAAUUCUUUUUCCCAAGAUGAGCAAGUUCCAGGAAAAAGGCAUAGACAUGUUUAAUUGUGAUUUUGAUUUGGAGGUUGAUCUUAUUUUCUCACAUUCUUUCACUCAACAUUUUUAGUCCAGACAGAAGCUGUGUUAGCGAUAGCCAACAACCGUUGGUCAUCUGUUUUGCGGAACGUAAAGCAUGGUCAUUGAAGUGCUCACUAAUACCACUGAGCUUGAUACUCUUCCUUAUCUUCCUUACCUGCUUGCAUAAAGAUAUGCAAAUACUAACUCCCGAGGAACCUGGCAUACAUGAUGACAUAAAGUUUCAUAGGACGGGACCUUGUGUUAAAGUUGUGAGCACAAAAGGGCUUUGUCAUGAUACUUUUAUCCAGCGAGUUGUAUGUUGUGAUUUAUUGUGCUCAUGCUAAUCCUGAUCCUGUGUUUGUGCUACAAGCUAUGCCAUUUCUGGUUGAACAAGUAUUUGCCAUAUUCAAGUCAGCUCACUAAGAAAUACAUGUUGAAGGAAGUGAUAAAGAGAAGGCAUGUUUUUUUUGUUCAUCAUAAUGUAGUUUUGAGCUUGAAUACAAAUCAGAAACACUUCAUUGAUAAGUAAUUUCAUAUACAAGAAUUUUGAUAAUAUUUUGAUAAUUUGUGCGGGACACUAAAAGUGUAAUGACAUAAAACAUGAUAUCAAAUGAGAAUGUGAUAUAUAGAAUAGAAUAUGAUUUACAAACAUAUUUGAGUGUUAGAAAUGUGUCUAAUAUUCCUUCUCUUACCACUCUAUCAAUGAGCAUGUGAGACAGGUUGGUAGGGGGCAGAAAAGAAUGAAUGAAUUAGCCAUUUUUGUUUAUGGACCAGCUCCAUCCAGCUGCUGGGGAGAGAUUUAACUUUACUUUAGGACUUCAGCAGUGCACCAUGACAGUUCCUUGUAACUGUUUAAGGUCAUUCUUUAUACUAUGUUAAGAAAACAAUUGACAAACAAACAAUACAUGUUUUAUACCAUUUUCUUUUUUAUAAAAGGGCCAACCGCUAAACUCAAGGUCCAGUUCAGUCAGUCAAUCCACAAUUCGGUUUAAUAGUCCUCUCACCAUAUUUGGCAUGGUAAAAUGAUUUUUGUCAACUGAAGUUGAAGACUGGCUUUUUUUCCAGCAGGGGAAUCAUUCAUUCAGCGCAACAGCACAAGAACUUCAACUUGCUCAGAAAAUAAAUUGUAACGUUGUAACUAGGAGGUUUGAAACAAGGCAAAUGCCCGGCUAUCUAAAGCUUAAGGUUGUCACAUUGCCUCAGAGUUUUUCAUACAAAUUAUGCUCUUGCUACAAAGAAUUGAGGUGAACCCAACAUCUUUAUAAAAAUAUAGUUCAUCCAAUGAAAGAAUCACAAUUUGUUUACAUUGAAAAUGAUGUCAAAUUCAUAUCCAUUACACAAUUUUUAGUCCCAUUAUGCCAUCCAUGGGAUGAAAUGUGUCUUGACUCGUUAAGAUGUCUUUAUAUCCACCUUUUAACAAUCGCACAUGGGUCACUAAUGUUCUGCAUGUAUCUGUUGACUCAAAUCAGCAUGUGACAUUCAAAUCCAUUGAGGUUCAACCGUCCAUUACACAACCGCACAUGUAAUGAUGUCCUAUCACACAAAAAACAUUUAUUGGAAUAGAAUCCAAGUAUAUGAUCAGACAUUAUCUGAGAUAGCAACAGGAGUGUGUUUGGUCGAUCAAACUCUCAGGGUGGCUGUGAUGAAUGGUGUGCUUUAUUCAGACUUGCUGUCAGCGACCUGAGCCUCCAUCUCAUCUUGGGGGAGAGUUUAUUUUCACCCUCAUGAUGCUCUUAGCCUUGCACGCACAGUAUAUGUACAAAACGACAUAAAGCAAAUAGAAACAGCUAUGAACAGAGUGUAAAUCCAUAUAUAUACAUGUUAAUGAUUAAAAUGAUUAAGUUGUGUCAUAA